UUCUGUUGGUCGUAAAUUCCAUCGAAGCAUUCUGCACCGGAGGACCAUGGCGCGCCGCGACGACUUCUACCUCCGCUACUAUGUCGGCCACAAGGGCAAGUUUGGCCACGAGUACAUGGAGUUUGAGCUCCAGUCGAACGGCCGCCUGCGCUACGCCAACAACUCGAACUACAAGAACGACUCGAUCAUUGAAAAGGAAGUGGUUGUAUCGCAGUCGGUCCUCGACGAAUUCAAGCGCAUCAUCGAGAGCAGCGAGAUUGCCAACGAAGACGACCGCAAGUGGCCUAUUAGCGACCGCGUCGGCAAGCAAGAACUCGAGCUGAUUCUCGACGACAAGCACAUCUCGUUCAGCUGCGCAAAGAUCGGGUCGCUCCUCGAUGUGCAAGACAGCGACGAUCCGGAAGGCCUUCGUGUCUUCUACUACCUCGUGCAGGACUUGAAGUGCAUGGUGUUCUCGCUCAUCACGCUCCACUUCAAGAUCAAACCGAUCCCGUAAGCGACGAGCCUAGCUGGUGAGCUCCCCAAUCAAAAAGUAUUGAAAAGCAA